CCUCAUCCACCUGCAAGCUGACAAAAUAAAAUCUAUCUCUGAUAAGAAAGUUCACACGUUUUCACGUUUUCUCUUCUUCUCUCUUUACAUUUUUCGGCGUGGAACCGGAGUCGGUUGAAAUUUUGUCGAAUUAAAUAAUUAAUUAUAAUUCGCAAACAUGUCGUUAAUAAUACCUGAAAAAUUUCAACACAUCCUUCGUAUCAUGAAUACGAACAUAGACGGUAAAAUUAAGAUCAUGUUUGCAUUGACUGCAAUCAAAGGUAUCGGUAGACGUUUUUCCAAUAUUGUAUUGAAGAAAGCUGAUGUUGAUUUAGACAAGAGAGCCGGCGAAUGCACCGAUGAAGAGGUCGAGAAAAUCAUUACUAUUAUGACGAACCCUCGUCAGUAUAAGAUUCCCGAUUGGUUUUUAAAUAGACAGAAGGAUAUCGUCGAUGGAAAAUACUCUCAAUUGGCGUCUUCUAAUUUAGAUAGUAAACUUCGUGAAGAUUUAGAACGACUGAAGAAAAUUAAGGCUCACAGAGGUCUUCGUCAUUAUUGGGGUUUGAGAGUACGUGGUCAACACACUAAAACUACCGGACGUCGUGGUAGAACAGUAGGUGUAUCAAAGAAGAAGUAAUUCGUAAACUUGGAAUUUCCAUGUAUUAUUUUAUAUUCGCCACUUGUUGUACUAUUUGAAUAGAGAUGAUCUUUUAAUAACA